AUGUAUGAAUGUAAUUAAAGUUAUAAUAAAUAUAUAUAAUAUGAGUCAACAAUUUAGCGUGGAAUACUUGAGAAUCAAUCCUUAUCGAUAUCUUAGAUUGCCUUCACUCAAUGCUACAGGCAGUCAAUUUUUCAAGUACAAGGAGAGUUAUAGUUUAGUCUCUCCUAGGAAAUGGUUACAUCUAGAACUCAAAGGAAUUUAGUAAAACCGAAGUUGGUAUACAUGCUGAUUAAUCUCUAAGUAAGCGGUGUCACACAAAAAAGAAGAUAGCAAGAACUUUUAUCAUCAUUCUACAAUUUACAAUGUUAAUGAGUUUAAGGAAUUGAGCAAACCCUAAGAGUAUGUACAUUCUAUGAUCUCUAGUAGCUAUAAUGAACCUAAUCAAACAAAAUACAAUUAAAUGUAGACCAAAAUGAUGGUUGCUGAUUUCAAAAAGAAAGUUGAUGCAAUCCUAUAAAAAAACAUUUACAAAACUAAUUUGAGUAGUAAAAUACCUUCAUCAUUAUAUGAAUUGGAAUCAUUCCAAUCUACUAAUAAUGAAGAAUAACUUAAUAAGUCUCUAUGUUCUAAUAAGUUUACUAUUCGUACUGAGUGUAAGGAAUCUCAAUUAUGUUAGACAAAUCUAUGAAAGCAACAGAAAUACUUGUAAUCAGCAAUAAUAGAGUUGUCUCGAGAUAAAUUAUAACAAGUGAACUAAUUCAAUAAAGACUGCUUAAAUAAAUGGAAAAUUUUCUAAAAGAUGAUAGAUACAACUAUGACCUUAAGUACUGCAAAUAUAUUUUCUUAGGAUGCAAAUUAUGAUUGAUUAAUAUGAAGAUAUUGUUAAUAGGAUUAGAUAAAAAGCGUAUACAAUAAGGAUUCCUUAAAAUUAUUAAAUUUAAUUGAGUGACUACAACGAGUUUUACCAGAAAACAGAAGAAGCAUAAAUUCCAUUUAUAAAUGAUAAAUUUGAACUCUUAGCAGAUUAAAUAAUACAGGAAAUCUAACAAUCAAGACCUGCAACACCAAUAUUACAAAAAUAAAUUAACGAAGAAGAACAACAGGAAGAACAUUUCCAACAAAUUGAUGAAAUAGUUAAAACUGAGCCUGUAUAUUUCAAAGAAGAAGUAACUCCUUAAAAAAUUGAUUUCAAAAAUGAAUAAGUUCCUGACAGAAAAUUGCCACAGAGAAGGGCAAAGCCAAGAAAAAAGUAAUAAUAAUAACAAUAACAAAAAUAAAAUGAAUCAGUAUCUGAAACAAGCAAUCCAUAAUCAUAAUAAUCCAGUUAAUCAGAAUUACAAGAUAUCUCCUCUAUUCAAUAAUUUCAUAAAAAAAAUGAAAUACGAAAUAAUCAAUAAGUUCAUCAAACUGCUCAAAUCUAAUAAUAACAUUUUGAAACAGAUAAUCAAUAAUAAUAUGAAUCAACUCAAAAUUAGCAUUAUGUGCAAAAUACUAAUAAAAAACAUGCUACUCAUGAAAAACAUAAAGGCAAGGUUCACUCAAGAAAACUAACAGGAGAUACUGGAGUUUAGAGAUAAGUUCCAAAAUAUUUAGAUGUUCCAAGGGAAGAACUUUUAGAAACCUUAAGUGAAAAAUCUCAUGAAGAAACAUUUUAAUUUGAAGAUAUUUAAACAAAAAAGCAGGAAUCUUUCAAAUAAGAAGAUUCAACAAUUAAAUUAGCAGAAAAUUAAGAUAAUGAAGUCAAAGAUGUUAAAAAUAGUCUAUAAGAAACAAAUUAAUAAGCAUAACCUUAAAAUAAAUAAUUGCAUGGUCCUGAAUAGAGAGAUGCUGUGGACAUCUGGGAUAAUACAAACCCUGCAGCAAUCAAAGUGAAUCCAAAAGCACAAUAAAUUCUAUAAGAAAACAAAUAAAUUGAAUAGAAACAAAACGAAGAUGUUAAUGCUAACUAAAAUAAAUAAUGCGCCAACAAUGUACUAUAAAAUUUGAGAAAACCAUCAAUGAAUGUUGAACAAUCAUAAACUUAAUAAGAAGUUGUAAACAAUAAACCUUUAAAAUCUUACAAAGAUUUAGAUAAAUAACGGAAUAUAGAAAUACCUUAAACUUAUGAUUUACCUAAAAUAGAUCUAGGCUUACAGAAAAUUGAAAUAUAAAAAUAAGAAGAACCAAAGUCUAUUAGAGCAAAAUAAGAGAUUGUAGAAACAAAAGAAUAAACUGAUGAUAGUAAAGAUGAUAUUCUCUAAAUUAUCAACGAGAAAAUGAAGAUUUUUGAAUAAAAAGAUUAGGAAAAAUGCCUAGAUAUUUUUGAUAUUCUAUUAGCUUCAGAUUCAGUUUACAAUGUUGACAUUGAAAAAGAUAAAGUUUCAAAAUCUUACAAAAAGUAAGUUUCUAAUCUAUCGUUUGUGUUUCAAUAGUUGGGUGAAGAAGAAGUCUUUUCUCAUUAGUAAAGUCUUAAUUUAUUUAGGGUUAUUUGGAGACAUGAAUUAUAAGAAGUGAUGCCAAAGUUAGAACAUUUAAAUAAACAUAUUGUAGUAAUGGAUCAAAGUGAUGAUUAAACUGGAGCUAAUUCUAAAGGAAUUGAAGAAUUAAAUGAUAAAUCAGAAAACUAAUUAAUGUGA